AUGGUGCCCCCUGCAUUCGGCAUCCGCCAUCUGCGGCCCUUGGCAUCACCAGCAGCAUCAUCAUCCUCGAGGCCUGUUUCUACUGCUACUGCUGUAUCGCAGAGAUAUCGCCAUGUUAAUUACCCGUUGCAUCAUGGCUUCUCGGUCCGGGCAUUCCUCCACCCGCCAUCUCCUCAUCGUCAUCUUCAAACAAGGGGUAAAAAGACCACCACCACCAUAAAGCUGUCUGAUUUACCCCAGGGACUUAUCCAGCCGAAGUCCGUGUCUUCCCCAACAACGUCAUCGUCGGCUUCGUCUCCCCACGAUGAGUCGACACAGCCGCUCCCGCAACCGCUGCCGUCUUUGGGCCAGGGUCCUCCCGCUUACCCUACCGUAUUGCUCCAGGCCCGGCAGAAUAUGCUCAAGUUUGACAACUGUGUGCUACUAACACGGGUUGGCGGCUUCUACGAGCUUUACUUUGAACACGCGGAAGAAUAUGGGCCCUUGCUGAAUAUCAAGGUCGCUAGCAAGAAGACGAAUGCAGGUUUGGUGCCCAUGGCAGGUUUUCCCUUCUUUCAGCUUGAUCGGUUCCUCAAAAUCCUCGUUCAAGAUCUCAAUCGCCAUGUCGCCAUCGCUGAAGAGUUUCCAAACUCCCCUGCGGCAAAGGUCAAGUCAGGGGGGUUGCUGCAUGAUCGCCGAGUUGCCCGUAUCAUCACUCCAGGAACUCUAAUAGACGAGAAUUUCAUGGAUCCAUACGCGAACAACUACGUGAUGGCGAUUCAUAUCGAGACAGAUGAUACUGCAACUGCCAUCGGCCGAGUGUCGGCUCCAGAGGAUGGGCUCGCAGGCCAUGAACCCGCAUCAGCCCACCAAAAUCCAUCAGCUGUUGGCGUUGGCCGACAUGUCGGACAGUCUCAGGGGUUCCAAGACGACAUGCCACUCGGCCUAGCAUGGCUCGACCUCUCAACCGGCCACUUUUGCACCCAGCAGGCCAAUCUUGCAUCCUUACCGGCGAUCUUGUCCCGGGUGUGCCCGCGCGAACUUCUUCUUGACCAAGACCUGCAAUCAUCCCCCGAUCAUGAUAUAUUUUCCCUUCUUGCCGAUGAUCGUCACAUCAUCUCGUACGCACCCCGCCCUCAUGAUCCUUCUUUACUUCAUCCGGACAGCUGGGCACCCAUGCUUGAGUCUCGUCUAUCCAAGCCCGAGUCGGCUGCGUUCUCCUCUGCUGAGGUGCAUGCCGCUGGUUUUCUUCUUGGCUACGUCAAAGAUCAGCUGCAGGGUAUGAGCAUGAAACUACAACCUCCUUUGAGGAAUGAAAACAUGCAGAUCAUGGCUGUCGACAAGAAUAGUCUACGUGCCCUUGAGAUAAAGCAAACCAUUCAUGAUGGUGUAUUCCGGGGUAGUCUAUUACAUGCCAUUCGUCGGACUGUUACCAAGAGCGGUGCUCGACUUCUUAACGAGUGGGUGAGCGCACCAUCGACCUCCCUUGAGCUCAUCACUGGUAGGCAAGACCUUGUCGCCCACUUCAUCGACGAUGUAGACCUAAGUGAUUCUAUAAUUCUCUUGUUACGUAGGAGUCAUGACUCCCAGCGCCUUGUUCAGAAAUUCACCCUCGGUCGUGGUGAUGCUGACGACCUUCUGGGUUUGGCCAGCACCAUCGGAGCCACUAAAGACAUCGUGGAUCUUCUAAAAAAGGCCAACACUCCGUCCCGCAAAUCCAAGUCCCAGUGCUUGACUUCUCUGAUAUCUCGUAUCAGCCUGACCCAACCCCUGAAGCUUGCCCAACGCAUCAGAGAAGCCAUCGACGAAGAGGGCAUCGAGUUGCAACAUGAAGCCCAAGAUUCCGAAGCUAACCAGAUGCUGGCCCUUGCUGAAGAUGUCGUCAGUAAUGAAGGGUCGCAAGACGAUGUGGCCUCGCUUCCCAAGGGCAAGCGAAAACGGCCCGUCAGUCUUCGGGACUAUUACGCCGAAGACAACGAAGCUUGGAUCAUGAAACCCGCUGCAAGUCCUACUUUGAAGCGACUCCAUGCUGACCUAGUAACUUUGAUACAGGAAAAGGCGACGCUCAACGAGACACUUCGCGAAAGCCUCAACGCCCCAAGUUUGUCUCUCAGGUGGACACCUGGACUCGGUCACAUUGCCCACAUCAGGGGCAAAGAUACGCGCAAUCUUGCCGAUAUACAGGCUCUCUCUUCGAGCCGCUCUACACGAUCUUUCCACAUCUCCGAAUGGACCCAUCUUGGGCAGCGUCUUGACCAGGUUCGCACCCAGAUUCGUGCUGAAGAACAAGCCGUCUUCCAUUCACUUCGAGAGCAUGUUGUCAAGAAUCUUGUCAAGCUGCGCCGUAAUGCCGCCGUCCUUGAUGAACUCGACAUCACCACGUCCUUUGCUAAGCUCGCUCGCGAACAGAGCCUCGUGCGACCGAUCCUGAACGAUACGACUAGUCACACCAUCAUAGGCGGGCGACAUCCCACUGUUGAGGGUGGUCUUUUUGAGCAGGGUCGAAGCUUUGUACGCAAUGACUGUUUGGUAGGGUCGCCAAAGGACGGUCGUAUCUGGCUCAUCACGGGUCCCAAUAUGGCCGGCAAAAGCACGUUCCUACGCCAAAACGCCCUCAUCACGAUCUUGGCCCAGAUUGGUUGCUACGUGCCGGCAUCGUACGCAGAGCUGGGGAUAGUGGAUGCGAUCUUGAGCCGCGUAGGUUCAGCCGACAAUCUUUACCGUAAUCAGAGCACCUUUAUGGUUGAGAUGCUAGAGACGGCAGCUAUUCUCAAGCAAGCAACACCCCGAUCGUUUGUCAUCAUGGAUGAGAUCGGUCGAGGUACUACGCCGGAGGAUGGCACAGCUGUUGCCUUCGCAUGCCUACAUCACUUGGCAACUGUCAACCAAUGCCGUACCCUCUUUGCGACACACUUCCACAACGUGGCUGAUUUGGCGGCAGCUGAAGGCUUCUGUUCGAAAGACGAAGGCAUUGUCAAGACGUAUUGUACGAAUGUGGUGGAGGAUGGGCAAGGAGGUUUCUUCUACAAUCACAAACUACAAAAGGGUAUCAACCGACAAAGUCACGCACUCAAAGUCGCAAGGCUUGCUGGACUUCCAGACCGGGCUAUUAACAUAGCAAGACGAGUGUUGGAGCAUGAUCCCACAGACUAA